AGUUUUGCUGGAUGGUUUACACAAACCCUUUCCACUGAAUAAUUAUUGCUUUGGUAAUUCUUGGUUUUUUUUUUUUUUUGCAAAAAAAAUUGAUACAUAGAAAUGCCACAUUUAUAAUAUUGACUGUUUUCAUAUGAUUCAGACCCAUAUAUCAUUCCAUUCAUAUUUAUACACGUAUGAAUGUGUAAAUGGGAUUGAAAUAUGUUGCUAAGAACCAAGAACCUAUCUUGGUUUUAAUUAGUUUUCUUGGAUAUUGAUUGCAUUUGAUUUAAUCCAAGAUUUUGUUUCUUGGCUUAGCUGUUUUGAUGAAAGUUUUGAUUUUGAUGGUUUAAUGCUGUUGGGGUUCUUGAUUCUUGAAAAGGGUACUCAAUAUUUUGCUUAUAUAUUGAACUGAAGAUUAGUGGAUUGGCAACAUUUUGUUUAUGUUGAAUGGAAGAGUAGUUCUUGGUUUGGUGUAUAUGUUUGAAAUUGUUGAUUUUGAUGAGUUAAUGCUGUUGGGGUUUGUGAUUCUUGAAAGGGUACUCAAUAUUUUGCUUAUAUAUUGAACUGAAGAUUAGUGGUAUUCGAGAUAUUUUGUUUCUUUGCUUAGCUUUGAUGAAAGUUUUGAUUUUGAUGGGUUAAUGCUACUGGGGUUCUUGAUUCUUGAAAAGGGUACUCAAUAUUUUGCAUAUAUAUUGAGUGAAGAUUAGUGGUAUUCGAGAUAUUGCUUAUUGAACCGAAAAUUAGUGGAUACGCUAUAUUUUGUUUCUUGGCUUAGCUGUUUGAUGAAAUUGUUGAUUUUUAUGGGUUAAUGCUGCCUGGGUUCGUGAUUCUUGAAACGGGCACACAAUAUUUUGCUUAUACAUUUGAAGUGAAGAUUAGUGGUAUUCGAGAUAUUUUGUUUAUGUUGAAUUGAAGAGUAGUUCUUGGUUUGGUGUAUAUGUUUGAAACUGAGUGGAGAGCAUUAGAACAUGCUAACUCUGCGCUUGGUUCGCAGAUUUGGAACUGCGAGUCGCCAUACUUCUAAUAAAGCUUUAGUUUCUAAGAGAAAGAGUGUAAAAGUAGAUGAACCUGCACUUUUUAAGCUAAAAAAGGAAAAGAACCCUGAGAAGUUGUUUCAGUUAUUUAAGGAGAAUGCUCAUAAUAAGAUUGUCAUUGAGAAUCGCUAUGUGUUUGAAGAUACAGUUUCUCGCUUAGCAGGUGCUGGUAGGUUUGAUUAUAUUGAAAAUCUGCUUGAGCAUCAGAAAACUCUGCCACAAGGUCGGCGUGAAGGUUUCAUUAUUCGAAUUAUAAUGCUCUACGGGAAGGCUCGGAUGAUACAGAAUGCUGUAAAAACAUUCUAUGACAUGCAUUUAUAUGGCUGUCCACGGACUGUUAAGUCAUUCAAUGCUGCACUCAAGGUUUUGACUCAGUCUCAUGAUUUGGAGGCUACUGAGUCGUUUCUGCGGGAUGUUCCUGAAAAGUUCGAUAUCAAUAUAGAUAUACUUUCAAUCAAUACAGUCAUUAGCUCGUUUUGUGAAGUGGGUAUCUUGGACAAAGCUUAUUUGUUCAUGGUUGAGAUGGAAAAGUUAGGUAUAAAACCUGAUGUUUUUACGUAUACGAUACUUAUAUCUGCAUUCUAUAGAGCCAACCGAUGGCAGAUUGCUGAUGGAUUAUGGAACCUCAUGGCCCGUAAGGGCUGUAUGCCUAAUGUUGCUACUUUUAAUGUUAGAAUUCAAUUCAUGGUAAAUAUGGGGUUUGCUUGGGAAGCUAAUAAAUUGUUGAAGUUGAUGAAACGUGUUGGCAUAACUCCUGAUGAGGUUACAUACAAUUUAGUGAUCAAAGGCUUUUUUCGAAUAGAGAAUCUUGAAAUGGCAAAAAGAAUCUAUUCUGCUUUAUGUGGUGCGGGCUUCAAGCCAAAUUCUAGAAUCUAUCACACCAUGAUUCAUUACCUGUCUAGAGCAGGUGAGUUUGAUUUGGCAUAUUCAAUGUGUAGAGAUAUCAUGCAAAAAAAUUGGUUUCCAAGUUCGGAUACUAUUAAAAGGCUCCUUGAAGGGCUGUCCAAGGAUGGAACGGAGGAAAAUAUGGCAAAGGCUCGAUUUUUAAUCAGGCUGGCUAAGAAAAAGACACCCCCUUUCUCAGCAGACACUUUGGACAUGAUGCGGUCAAUAAUAGCUCGUAGUUAAAAGUACAAAAACGUUUAUUUCUGCUCAAUGGUUUUGGUGAUUUUGCAGCACCUCCAUAAUCCACAAAGCUCCAUUCUCUUUUUGGUGAAGCAGAAGUGCUGGGCUAUUAGUUCAAUGGAUUAAGAGCGCUCCAAAACGAAGAUAAUUUGUAAUUUCUCCAGAAAUAAGUUUUUACUCUUUCCAGAAAGAUGGGGACUGAAAGAAGUUUGGAAGUACAAUGGGAACCUAUUUUGUAUGGACGAUAUAACAGUGUUCUCAUUUGCCACACCAAAGUAUAUACUGUCACAAUGGGAUCAAUUUGCUUCUCAGUUUGAGCUGGUUGCUUCAAGGAUCUUCAGUAGAUCACAAGAGGAGGGCAAUCUUAAAAGCUUUGGCAGCUGUACAAUGAGUAAUGACCAUGUGCAUAACUAUGAAAGACAUCCCAUUUUCAGUGAGAAGCUUAAAAGGCAAUUGCAACGGAUACACGUGUGUUGCUCGUGGAGCUGGAGCUACAGUCUAGGAUUUAACCACCAUCCAAACCAAGUUGAGUACUUUCAGGGAUUAUGAUCGGGCAUUUUUGAAGCUGACAGCAUUGGAGUAUCGAGGAAAGGGACUGAUUCACAAAGGAGUCAGGCGGUGACAGAGGAUGCCCUAUCGUAUUCGUUUCAGUCUGCUAUUAAUCCCUUUGAUCAAACAAAUAAAAACGGUCAAAUGAUGCUCCUCUAUUGCUGUACUCGACCUGCACUGUGUAUAGUUUCCGGAACAUGGCCCUCGUCUUCUCAAUCAGUUUAUGAAGUAACAUGUGACAUUUUCAGUUCAACGUGCAACUGCCAGCCUUAACAUUGUUGGUUUAGCAUCAUAGAUAACUUUUAGUUAUCAGGGAUUUUGAAGUAUACUAGUUUGCAGAUAUAUGCAUUUUUUUUUUUUUGUCCAAACAAUCUUGGUAUUUCCUUUGGGCAUGGAUGUCUUGCAAUAGGGAAAGACACACCUGCUCCUAUUCUUUAUUUGUAUUGAAUUUAUUUGUUGCAACACGAGAUUCAUUCUUUCGAUUCAGUAGAGUCAGAAUCCCCUUGUAGAAGUAUACUGGGGUCAUUCUUCUAACAAAAUAAUAAAAGUAGGCUAAUUGAUCUAUUAUUGUUGUUUGUUGA